AACAGUAACUGAGGAACUUAGGUGCUUGGCAGUUCUCCCAGAGGUUGCGGGAAAUCCCACUGUCUCCAUAUAUGGACAUCCUUUCUUUAAAUCCCUCCCAGCAUCACAAUACUGUUUAGUGAGAAAAGAAACUUGUUUAGUAUCAGAGCUAGCCAAUGAGAAGCCCCUAAACAUAAGUUUUCAACCAAUGGCAUUUCCAACCCAGAAAAUGAAAGUAACCCAGAGGGUACAAAAUUGAUGGAUGCUACCCAGCAUGGCUUGAGUGCAGAACUUGACAGAGAAAUCAGGAGUUAUGAAGCUGUUGCCAGAAAAUAUCAAAGUGCUUUAUUUUGCCUGUGAUUAUGUGGAGCCUUAUGUGGAGAUUAUCAGAGUGAAGGACUCCAAACGCCGCCUGAGCCUAUGUAGCUCAGAGGACUCAGAGGUGGAGGAGCCAGAAUACCAGGAGGAAGCUGACGAUGCUCUCCCUGUCCUGAGCGACCACAGCCAGCUGCUGGAUGACACCCACCUGAAGCAACUCGCUGCUCACAUGCCAGCAAGGACGCAGGGCUAUCCAUGGCAGCUGGCCUACAGCACCACCAUCCAUGGGAGCAGCCUGAACACACUCUACAGGAAUAUGGCUGGUCUGGACAGUCCUGUCCUGUUGGUCAUCAAAGACAUGCACAAAAAGGUGUUUGGGGCUUUUUCUUCACAUCCAUUCAGAAUCAGUAAAUACUGCUAUGGCACUGGAGAAACCUUCCUGUUCAGCUUCAACCCUGACUUUCAGGCAUACAGGUGGAGCGGGGAGAACUCCUACUUUGUGAGCGGUGAUUUGGAAUCUCUGCAAAUUGGUGGAGGAGGGGGUGGCUUCGCUCUGUGGCUGGAUGCUGAUCUGUACCACGGUGCAAGUUUUUCCUGUCCCACCUUCCACAAUGCGCCUCUCUCCACACAGGAAGACUUUAUUGUACAAGACCUCGAGGUCUGGACUGUGCAGAACUGAGGGAGAACAUCUAAAAAAGCAAGAUAAAAACAAUGUAAGAUCCACAUUUACAAAACUUCAAGACUUCAAGGAGUACAAGGAGGUUUUGUACAAAACCUGAUAGAGCAGUUGCUACUGUAUCAUCUGUGUACCUGGCUGAGAUUAGCUCACACACAGUAUGAAGCCUGUUCUAGUGGUUCUGGAGCUGGACUUUCUGUUUAGGCUGGUAUGAUCUGUGCCUGUUAAAGAGAAGUGCGCAGUCGAAAUCCUGUGAUCCAGGGUCCUGGUGCUUUAAACCACCGGCUACUCAUCAGUAGCCCUGACCUAAGCCCCGUUAGUAACUGGCAAUCAGAGCUUUAAGCUCUCUAUGCCCUCCUUUAUUUCUGGAGAGCUUUAUAAUACAAAGUUCGUAACACUGUUGGAUAAAAAGUUUGUAACUACUGUAAGCACAUUCAGCUUUGAAGGAUUUUUUUUUAUUAUUAUUUUCUGUCUAACAACCACGCCUGUUUGUGAAAUUUAAAAAUAUGUGUUUACAGUAUGUGUUUCUGUGUGUGAAAGUGUGAAUAUGUUCUAUUGGUUUCGUGAGUUUGGGGUUUAUGAAAAAUACUCGCUGCAUAAACAGCUAUAAAAACCUUAAAGACAAAUAAGUACAUAUUUAAUACAUAUUUAAUUUAUUGUAAAACCACUGUAGCAUAAUAGGACCCAAAAUAACAUUUCAAGACUUUAAUUGUACUUUUGAGUUUUUUUCUAACAUGAGAUCUUGGUUUUAAUAUUCUCCAUUUGAAAACAACAUCAACCAACAACAACCGCUCAGGUUAAAAAAUAAAAGUACAGAUUUGCACUAUAACCAACUUAUUAUAACCUAAGUGAUAUGCUCCAUUUGUGACAAAAGGGACCUCAACUGUUAACUGUCAUUUCUGUUGUUUGAAAAUGAGACACCUGCCUGUUUUUUUGCAUAGAUGGAUAAUAUUUUAAGGAAAUCUUUUA